UGUGGCAGCACGAUAGUUCCACUAAACCAGUGUUUAUUGGGCUUCUUCGCUUGGGUUUGAAGUUUGGACCCGGUUUAAACCACAAAGAUGCAAACUUUUCUCGCAGUACAUAAAAGUUCAAAACUUUAAGCCCUCCUUCUCGAUCGCGGCAAGAAACACAGCCAAAUGCCAGAUUCGUCGACAUGGCAGCAAAAACCUCCAUUGCCAAAACCAUAACCAAGCUUUAUUAUUCGAGUGGGUUCCAUUCCUCUCACCCCAAACAUCUGGCCCCACUCUCACUAUCUUCCUCCUUCUCCAGCUCCUCCCCUAAUGCUGCUUCCCCAGCGGCCGAGUCUCAAUCAACCAUCUCUUCCCAAGCUCCUGGGAGGGAAAGGUCGAGAUGGUCGAGAUGGUUGCUGUUUCUUCCUGGAGCUAUCACUUUUGGGCUUGGGACUUGGCAGAUUAUCAGAAGGCAAGAGAAGAUACAAAUGUUAGAUUAUAUACAGAAGAGGUUGGAAUUGGAACCUUUAAACUUGAACAAUGCCUCUCCGUCAAGUCAAAAUUUGGAUCAGUUGGAGUUUAGGAGGGUCAAAUGCAAAGGGUAUUUUGAUGAGAAAAGGUCGAUCUAUGUGGGCCCUCGUUCAAGAAGCAUUUCUGGUGUGACCGAAAAUGGCUACUAUAUCAUCACACCUCUUAUCCAGGUCCCUGACAAAGAUGAGAGUGUGCAGCCACCAAUUUUGGUCAACAGAGGAUGGGUGCUGCGAAGUUGGAAAGAUGAGGCUUCAAAAGUUUCAGAAGGUGGUGAACAAUCUUCUGAUAUAACACCCACCUCUGUCCAAGAUACUGAAAGAAGGUCUUGGUCGAGGUUCUGGACCAAGAAGCCCCAAGUUGUUGAGGAUCAAAACCGCGUUGUUGCUCCCGUUGAAGUUGUUGGAGUAGUUCGAGGGAGUGAAAAGCCUAGCAUAUUUGUUCCACCAAAUGAUCCAAACUCCUACCAAUGGUUCUAUGUUGAUGUUCCUGCAAUAGCUCGUACGUGUGGACUCCCUGAGGAUACUAUUUACAUUGAAGACGUAAAUGAAAAUGUUAAUCCAGGUAACCCUUACCCGCUUCCAAAGGAUGUCAAUACCUUGAUUCGGAGUUCAGUCAUGCCUCAGGACCACCUGAAUUAUACUCUGACAUGGUAUCCACUCUCUGCAGCAGUUACACUCAUGGCUCUCAUGAGUCUAAAACCCAAAAGGAGCCGGAGAUAGCAGAUACGCAAGAGAUUCCGAUAGUUAUACGAAGAAAUUGAUGCCCCAGAGUACUUGGAACUGUCAAGUCAAUUUUGCUUAUCGAACUGUUUAGACUCUUGAUGAUUGGAAACUGGAAAAUUUGGGGGUGGAUAUUGGCUGUUUUCACCAUUAAACCGCUCGUUCCAAGCUGAAUUUUUGCAGCCAAAAACAAUAAAGUUUCUAGCGUUCCAGCGAGGAAACUAAAAGCUAAACUCGCUAAUUUGAAGACAAUGGUUUAUAGCUCCGUAAGAAGGGUUCAGAUUUUGGUUUUAGCUUCUUUCAGCUGUUUGUGCUGCCCUCGUAGCGAUAAUAUAAACGCUACGAGGUACGAUGUAAAAUAAUAAUUAGAAUUCUACGGCAUUUUUGUUUCGGGGGUAUUCUUUGUAUUAAAGCCCGAAGGCACAAACAGCUGUUUGUUUUGAUGAUAUAAAAGAUAAAGGGAUACGAUUUCCGCACAUCUUA